CUGAGUGUCAGAACUGAUUGUCUCAGCUGUUCAAAGUCAUUUUUUUCCGGAGACAACGGUUUUGGACAGCAAGCUUGCAUGAUAGGUUCAACAUUGACAUUUGGUAGGCUUUAAUACACAAGCAAAGAAGACAUUGGGGCAUUAUUAUUCCCAAUAGCCUAUCUAUGAUUUAAACGUUUAGCCUACAAUCUGGAUUAUGAACUGAGUUCUAACACCUUCUGGAUAUGCAAAAUCAACUUCGAGAAUGAAGAAAAGGAAAUUGUUUUCCCGGUAGUUCACAUUGGUCUGUUUAUUCAGAAGGUAAUUUACACAUUACACCGUGUUCAUUUAGUGUCGUCAACUUCUGAAUGUUAUGGUCAGAAACUCACGUCACUUGUUCAAAAGACUGAGCUGGACAUGUUCUAACUGCUCCACUGGACAUAGCCUAUUUGAACAGAGCUGGACAUAUUGUGAGCUGGAGCCAAUUAUAUAAACUUAAUCGGAAAACUAAAGUAGAACACGAUUUUACCAUAAUUGUAAAGUUAUUAGUUUCGUUAAUACAUGGGAAAAUAAUACAACUAAUCACAUUUUAAUUGAAAUUUGGAUUUUAACACUGGUGGAAGGAUUGCUUCGGUUGCGCACUGGAAGCGGCUGAAUUUUGCCCACGGAGGCGGCUGUCGAAUUUGAGUGUGGAACGCACCCCCCAAGCCGACAUGGAAGAGUGGCGGCAAUGCGGGCGGUGGUUGAUAGACUGCAAAGUUUUGCCCCCAAACCACCGGGUCGUGUGGCCUUCUGCGGCCGUGUUCGACUUGGCACAGGCGCUACGAGACGGAGUGCUCUUGUGCCAAAUGUUGCACAACCUCUCACCGGGGUCUGUGGACCUAAAGGAGAUCAACUUCAGACCCCAAAUGUCACAGUUUCUGUGUCUGAAGAACAUCCGGACAUUCCUCAAGGUGUGCCACGACAAGUUUGGCCUGCGCAACAGUGAGCUGUUUGACCCAUUUGACCUGUUUGAUGUCAGGGACUUCGGCAAGCCUCUGAAGCCUCUGCACACUGACCUCUGCUCCUCUCGUUUCCUUACCGCUUCCUGCACCAUGGUGCUGAAAAUAAUCCAGUUUCUCAGCAUCCCCACCCUGAACAGUGAGACUGAGCCGUCUGCUGAGCUGUGUGUGGAGCGUGCCUGCAGUCUGCUGAGGUAG